AUGCUAAUUCAACAGUUUCACUGCCGAGGUCUUAGUAGAACGUUCAAAAUGUUCAAAAUCUUAGUUGUUUCGUCACUUAUUGCGGCCUGUUUCGCCGAGGAACAUGGUUACAAAUAUAGGCCAGUACAUGCAGAGUAUAGAUACCCUCAACAUGCCAAUGAACCGGCACCGAUACGCGAAGAAGGACUCGCAGAACAUGGCCAUCCACUGUCCUCACAGAGCGUUGUGCACUAUCCAGCUGUGACAGAAGAAUCUCAAUCACAGGAAGCCUAUGAAUACGUGACACCGGAACCAGUAUACAAACAGUAUUACCAGGCUAAUGAACACGCACAGGAAGCCCACAAAAGCGUUCACGCUCACUAUCCAGCACCCCAGCACCAGCCACAGAUCAAAUACGUUCAUGUCCCCGUUCAACAGUACCAUGCCCAGGAGGAACAUGAAACACCGGUCUACCAUCAAACCCAAGCCCAUUCUCACGACGAGCCUAUCGACUAUUACGCUUACCCGAAGUAUCAGUAUGAGUACAAAGUAGAGGACCCUCACACUGGAGACAAUAAGUUCCAACAUGAGGUGAGAGAUGGCGACAGUGUCAAGGGAGUUUAUUCUCUUCACGAAGCCGACGGGUCUGUGAGAACUGUUGAAUACAGCUCAGAUAAACAUCAUGGAUUUAAUGCAGUUGUGAAACACUCGGCUCCAGGUCAACAUGUCCACAUCGAAACUCAUCAUCAGAACUGA